AUGGCGAGCCUCCACGAUUCCCUCAAGGCUCUCGCUCCCUGCAAGUUCGCGGAUAUCCCGCAAACGCAUGAAGAGCUGGAGUCCUUCCUAUCCGACCUCUUCUCCCGAACCCAGACGAUAGUCGAGUCUAUACCUAUCCCUGAACCUGACCCCACUCACCGACACCGUUCACAUACCACGGGCUCGAUCACCGCCAACAAUGCCUCUGAAAUGUUCACCUCGUCUGCGCGGAGCCCGCCUCCGGCCCCAGAAUAUGCAGCCUUACAACAUGAGUGGGGGAAGCCGAUAAAGCUUGCGGCAAAAGAAAACCCAUUGGGCAUAGCUGUUUACAAAUUGGCCAGCAAGGACGGGAAAGGCUCGUGGUUUGCUCGAAGGAGUGUGCAUGAAGGUCUGGGCUUCAAUCGCUUCAAGCGCGGGUUCGAGCGGGAGUUUCCUACUUCGCUCGCUGUCCAAGGAAAACCCGGCGAAGGGAAUGUCAGAGGGAUUGGCGCAGAAACCAAGGUCGAGGAGAUCACGGUGCCCAAUCGUGGAAAGAUCGAGGUCUAUCGCCUCAGUGCUCAAUUCCCAGGACCUACCACUCCCCGUGAUUUUGUCACUCUUCUGGUUACAUCAUCGAAGGCUAUCAAACACCAUGGGGACUCUCAUAAAGCGCCUGAUCUAGCCCCGCGGCACUACAUGAUCAUUUCUAAACCAUGCGACCACCCCGAAACGCAGCCUCUAAGUGGCUUCAUCCGUGGCCAGUACGAAUCGGUAGAGUUCAUUCGCGAAGUCCCUAGGAAGCUCAAAUCUACCAUGUCAUCAACAGAUUUGGGUCACCUGAGCCACCAUCGGGCACCUUCCCCGUCACUUGAGAAAGAUGUUCUCAAAAACAACGCCGAGAAGCGCGCAAUGGAUACUGACCAGCAUCGCCACGAUGACAAUAGGCAUUUGAGAGUAGACACUCACGGCUCAGGGCUCAGGGAGAUGUCUCCCGGAAGCAGGAAACGAAGUGUGACAGUUGAUGCCCCUAGCAGCCCUAUAAAGACCCCUGAUCCUGCUGAACCUUUUGACCCCGAAGAGAACCCUGUCGAAUGGAUCAUGGUUACUCGAAGCGAUCCCGGGGGCAGUGUUCCGCGAUUCAUGGUCGAGAGGGGCACACCUGCAAGUAUCUGCGCAGACGCCCUGAAAUUCUUGGAUUGGGCGUGUCAAAGAGAGGACGAUGAGGACGAUAGUGAUAGGCCCGCGCAAAGACCUCCUGGCCAGCGGCGUGAAAGUUUUGCCAGCUGGGAAGCGAAUGGGACUCUUGCCGGGAUCAAGGAACACGAAGAGAGUCUUCAAACCAUUGGACAAUCACCGCCCGGUACACCCAAAGCCUCCGCUGCCAAUGCCGUGAUCAAUGAUCGUGGUGCAAUUGAAUCUCCGCCGGAUACCCCGGCGUCACCUUCCAGUCUGUUGGAUACCGUAACGGAGGCGAUCAGUUCGUACACUCCGCAGGCAGUUCGCGAACAUUUCCCUCAAAUUGGCAACGGGGUCGAUGGCCAUCAAGAGAUGACCAAGCAAGAUAUACAACAAGGGGACGAUCUCGAUGGCGACGAUGAUGACACUUCCACCAUCUCAACCACUUCAUUCGCCUCUGCCGACUCGCACCUGACGUACGAGGAAACUCCCUCGGUUUCUUCCAAAUCCCUCUCCGAGCAAACCGAAAGCCAACUUCUGCAGCAGCAUGACAAGGAAAUGGCCAAACUCUCGGAACGCAAGGCUGCGGUGGAUGCCAAGUUCACAAAGCAACGUGAAAAGCUCUCGAGCCAAGCCUACAAGGACACCGAAAAGGAACAGCAUGCUUUGAAGAAGGUGGAGGAGAGACAUCAGCGUGAACUCAAGAAACACGAAGAAAGGUACCAGAAAGAAGUCGCCAAGCUGGAACAGAAGAGAAAGCGAGAGGCGAAGAAACUGGAGGAGAAGAAGCGCAAGCAGGCUGACAAGGACGAAAAGUCACGUUUAACAAGAGAGCGGGACGAGGCGAGAGCAGAGCUAGAACUCCUGAAGAAGGAGCAGGACAUACUCAUCCGCCAGAUUGGCGAACUGCAAAGAGAGAACACCACCCUGACAGCCCGAAUAGGGAAACUCGAAGGAAGUGGAGUGUCAGUCGACAGUCCGAUGAGUGGCACUAAUAGAUUUAGAGCCAUGACGCUGGGACACGAGUCUCGUGGUCGGAGCUCGAGCCUGAUGAAGGGAAAGAAGGACAAGAGCGACACGAGUAGCCAACAAUCAUGA